GCGAACAAUUGAGAAAGCCAGAGCAAGAGAGAGCGAGAGGGGGAGAGGCAAGACGCAAGGAAGGGGAAGAGGAGCAAAGGCGCCAUGGCCGACGACAGCGGCAUCGUCAGGAUGGCCAUCGGCACCGCGGUCGGCGGCGCCUCCAUCGCCCUCUUGGCCGGCGCGAGCUGCUGGUUGGGCAUGAAGGCCUACCGCGACGGCCGGUUCUCGAGAGGAUGGCGGCGGGUGCGCGUCUGGGCGCUCGGCGGCGUCACCACCCUGGGGCACGCGCUGGCCUACGACUGCGCCAUGUGCGGCCACAGCCUGGACCAGCGGGAGGCGGUCCGCACGCUCUCGUGCGGCCACGUCUUCCACCUCCGCAAGGGUCCCAAGUGCGGGAGCAACAUCGACGACUGGCUCCGCGAGAACCGCAUGCGCUGCCCGGCCUGCUGCAAGCCCGUCCACCCCGUGUUGCCGUGGAAGGCGCCGCCGACAUCGGCGCCACCGCCCGCGCCCGCGCCCGUGCCACUGCCAUCGCAGUCGGAGCCGUCGUCGUCGACUUCGGAUUUGGAGGCCCAGGAGCCGCGGCGGAUGGCGAUGGAGCAGGGGCCACCGCGGCGGCUGGCGUUGGACCAGGGGCGACCACGGUACCCGCCGUCGAUGUGGUUCCAGGACGCGCUACUGUAUGGGUCGCCGCCGCAGUAAAGACACAUCAUCGAGCUUGGAUGGGACGGUGUUGGAGCGUCUUUUGGGGCCCGUCUGGAUCACUUCUUCGAGAGGUUCUUCAAGGAUUCUUUCGUCGUUUCUGUUUCUGCAGUUUUGGAACUGAUCAAAGGGUAUUGCACUGUUGCGUCUCGUCUGAUGGUCUGGAGGUUCUCGAUAGAUUCCUUCGUUAUUUCAGUCGUUUGCUUCCUUGGAACUGAUCGAGCUUAGUUUGUUCCUUCUUUUGUUCUGAUCUACGUACGUUCAGUUGUGAUGAACUAAGCAUCUGAAAGUGGCUAUGCAACUAUUAUCUGUUAGUUCUUGCCUCAGUUCUAAUGAUCUGUUGAAAGCGAAUGGAUUCUCGUUAAUUGAUUUGGCAGUUCACACCA